AUGGCCGGAUUGGAUGAAGGUUGCUAUCGUGGCAGUGUUUUGCCAUGGUUGGAUUGGGUACAGUGGGCGUCUAGGCACAUGAUAGGAAAUUCCUUGUCUUUUGCUGAGUUAAAGGAAUGCAGUGUUGGAUAUGUGACUUUUGGUGAUGGAGUUAAAGGUACAGUUGUUAGGAAAGGAAAUAUUGACAGGUUUGGAGCUCUUGUUCUUAGCAACCUGCAGAAAGAACAAGACAAAGAUGUUCGUCGAAUUAGAAGUGAUCAUGGUAAAGAGUUUGAGAACUCAGCGUUUAAUGAGUUCUUUCAAUAUGAAGGCAUUUUCCAUGAAUUUUCAACCCCCCUGACUCCCCAGCAGAAUGGAGUUGUAGAAAGGAAAAACCAUACUUUGCAACAAAUGGCAUACUAUGGAAAGGUCGUAAACCAAAUGUUAAAUACUUUCAUGUUUUCGGAAGUAUGUGCAAUAUUCUUAACGACGGAGAAUUUCACAGCAAGUGGAAUUCUAAAUCAGAUGAAGCAAAUAAUUCCUUAUAUGAAUCCUUUUGCAACUUCAAACGAAUUUGUUAGUUUUGACUAUGCUUCCUUAGAAACAGAUUCUAGAGUUGAUCCUACAGUUUCAUCAGCAUUACAUGAAUCUAUUAAAGAUGAUUCCACUGUUUCAGAAGUUAUUAACUCCAAAAACAACGAUAUAGAUACUGCCUUGAAAGAUGAUCAAUGGAUUACUGCUAUGCAAAAAGAAGUUCUUCAAUUUGAAUGUAAUAAGGUUUGGGAAUUAAUUCCAAAAACUGCUCAUGCCAAUGUCAUCGAUACUAAAAGAAUUUUCAAGAACAAGAUCGAUGAGAAAGGUUGUGUUACCAAAAAUAAAGCUCGUCUUGUUACUCAAGGGUUUUCUCAUAUUGAAAUGGUGGGAUUUUUGUGA